UAGUGAGCGCUCUUGUAUCUCGUGUUGUAGCAUGAAAUGGUAUAAACAGUAUGCGACAUUCAUAAAUCUUAAGUAAAUCAUUUGAUAAUAUAAAUGGAAGAAGUGUUUUUCCUGAUAUCAAGUAAAAUACGACGUAAAAAUGAGUGCACGAAUUAGUACAAAUACUGUAGAGUCAAGAAAAAUGAAUGAAGAAUCUUCAACAAAACGGGCUAUAUUAACAGUUAGUUUGGUAUUCGUUGCAUCACUAACUGCUUUGUCUUAUGUCUAUAUGAGUUUUCCAGAAUUAGCAGAGGAAGAAAAACAAUAUAUGAAAUUACCCUUUCAUAUAGAAGAUGCAAAAAAUCUUGGAAAAUUAUUAGGGAGAUAUAAGGAUCUCUAUUAUUUUGAAGUACUGGCAGGACUCUUUGUUACUUAUAUAUUUUUGCAAACAUUUGCAAUUCCUGGAUCCAUUUUCCUAUCUAUAUUAUCUGGAUUCUUAUUCCCUUUUCCUAUAGCACUUUUACUAGUAUGUACAUGCAGUGCAGUUGGUGCAACGCUUUGUUAUCUUCUGUCAUCGUUAUUAGGAAGAAAGUUAUUAUAUAAAUAUUUCCCAGAAAAAGCUAAUGAAUGGACAGUGAUGGUAGCUAAGCAUAAAGAUCAUCUUUUAAAUUAUAUGCUAUUUCUUCGAAUAACACCACUCCUACCUAAUUGGUUCAUAAAUUUAGCUAGCCCUGUAAUAGGAGUCCCUAUAGUACCUUUCACAGUGGGCACAUUUUUUGGUGUUGCACCACCAUCAUUUGUUGCGAUACAAGCAGGACAAACAUUACAUAAUUUAACGUCGUCUAGUGAUGCAUGGUCCUGGAAUAGUAUGAUUAUUUUAUGUAUUUUUGCAUUGCUUUCUUUAGUACCUGUGUUAUGCAAACAAAAACUCAAAGAAAAGUUUGAAUAAAUUGGUAGUGAUAAUUAUUUAUAUUGUGACAUUCCCCAGUGCUGCUUGCUGGAGAUGCAUUUUAUGUUCCUAUUUAGGAAUAUAUCAUGUUAAUAAAGUGAUUAUUAAGAAA